CUGUCUCUCCAGUCCGUUCUAAAAAGCAUCUCGUCUAGUCUAGUGGAGAUUCAGACAGGUUUCAGAAUAAUUCGGCACAGAAACCAGUUCUCCAAAGCGUCUCUCACUCGAUGUGUCAGCUGAAGCCAACCGAAGGUGUACCCUAGUAUUUCAUUCAUUUUUGCCACUUACUUGCUUAUUUAGUUGGUGACUUAAACUCGACUGAUUAGGAAGUGUUUUGUGUGAGGGUUGUUGAAGUUUAGAUCAAAUUGAGUGAGGUGUUUUGAAUGAAACUGUGAGUGAUGGCCCACGGAACGGUCGAAGCCGAGAGCAAUGGAUCAGCCGCAACGGCCGAGGCUGGCCAACAGCAGGAAUUUGGACCACGGGAAGGCUAUCGGAUUAUCAAAAAUAUUGCCAUUCUGGGAUUUGCCUUCAUGAUUCACUUCACCGCCUUCCAUGGGACUUCGAAUCUGCAGAGUUCGGUCCAUCGCGAUGGAUCACUGGGUGCGCUAACCUUGGCCUCGAUCUAUGGCUCGCUAAUCCUGUCCAACAUUUUCCUACCGGUGAUGGUGAUCAGGUGGCUCGGCUGCAAGUGGACGAUCGUGGUGUCCUUCAUAGCCUAUAUGCCGUACAUAGCGGCCCAGUUCUAUCCGCGGUUCUACACCCUGAUCCCGGCCGGAUUGGCCGUUGGGUUUGGCGGGGGGCCACUGUGGUGCGCCAAGUGUACCUAUCUUUCGGUGAUUGCGGAGGCGUUCAGCGUCAUCAAGAAACGAAAAGUGAAAGCGGAUUAUCUGAUCGUCAAGUUCUUUGCCCUGUUCUUCGUGUUUUACCAGCUGGCUCAGGUGCUCGGGAAUUUGAUUUCCUUCUCGGUGCUCUCCACGGGUGAUGAUCCUAGCUCAUCGAACGUCACCGUAAGGUUGGUAAACGUUUCCGAAACCUGCGGUGCAAAUUAUGCAGCUCCUGUCGAUCGUCUGGCACAGCCGGUAAAUGAAACAAACACCAACUUCCAUCAACCAGAUCCUGCCAGGUUGAACAUGUUGACUGGAAUAUUUCUGGGUUGUAUGGCCCUUGCAAGCAUCUCGGUGGCAGUAGGAGUAGACUCCCUGCAACGGUACAGCUUCGGCCGAACAGGUUCCGGAUCAGGAAUUUCCGGCAUUCGUAUGUUGAUCAUCACCGCUAAGCAUCUGACCAACAAGUACCAGCUACUGUUGCUGCCCAUUACCAUGUUUAUAGGACUCGAACAGGCCUUCAUAGCUGUCGACUUUACUGCGUCAUUUGUGGCAUGCGGUAUCGGGAUAAGCAAAAUCGGUUAUGCAAUGAUCAGCUUCGGAUUGGCGAAUGCUGUGGCUGCUGCAGUGACACCCUACAUCACCAAGACGAUCGGGCGGUUUCCGAUGAUCUUGGGAACGGCCGUGUUCCAUGUGGUGCUCAUUGUGUUCAUGCUGACCUGGAAACCGACCGAUCAGGACUACGCCUAUCCGAUCAUUGCAGCCUGUUGGGGAUUGGCCGAUGGCGUCUGGCUGAUUCAGAUAAACGCCCUCAGCGGCAUUCUGUUCCCGGGCAACGAAGAGGCUGCGUUCAGCAAUUUCCGCCUCUGGGAGGCAACCGGUUCGGUGAUAAUGUACGCAACCAGUCCGUUCCUGUCGACCUUCACCAAGUUGGUUUGCAUCGUUUGCAUCAUGCUGAUCGGGACCGUUGGCUACACGAGCAUCGAGGUGAUGGAGUAUCGACUGAAGAAAAGCGCUGCCGGAAAGCGAUUUGAAAUGAUCGAACCUCAGGACAAGGAAAUUUAAUUGAUGACAAAAUGGUUGCAAAGUUGUUCAGUAUUCAAUAAAGAAGUGAUGAAGUGAUCCUAUCCUCUCGUUUGUUGCAAACGUACAGUUUAAGAUAGUUUAUAUAAUCAAAAUCGUGAAAACAUGAUUGAGAAUUUAUUACAUGAAAUUACAACAAAAAAUUUUAU